AUGAGCUAUGACGGUAUAGAUCCGACAAAAAAGCCUCGGCUACCCAAACUAUUUUGCAACCCAACGGCAGCUAAAAACCUACGUGAAAUGAACAGAAUUAUCGCUGCUGAUAUUAGCGACCAAACAGAUUUUAAGGACCUACACGCCAUGAUCUAUGCUGGGGCGUUCGCGGUUCUAAAGCUAAACGAUCAGAGACCUACAGAUGUUACAAGUCGGAAAGGAACUAAAAGGCAGCCAGCUUGGGAAAGCAGGCUAAGCAAGAACAUAGAUAAUAUCAGGAGCGAUAUAGCUAUCCUAACGCAGUACCAAAAACCGACAUACAGCCAAAGAGUGAAAAAGAAAGGGGACACAAUAAUGCGACGAUAUACAUCGGAAGAAAACCCAACCAUAGUCGAAGUUUUGGACCUUCUAAAGCAGAGACUAUUAGCCUUAUCUCAAAGAGUGAAGAGAUAUAAGAAGAGCAGCCAACGUCGUAAACAAAACAUCCUAUUUCAUAGAAAUCAGAGAGCAUUUUAUAAAUCUGUGGGCAAAGAAUCAGAUCGUACACUACAAGGAAAAACAUCAUUUCCUAACACAGAAGACAUAAGACACUUCUGGAGCGCCAACAGAGAUAAGGGCAUUACCCCACUGAACCUAGCCAACCUAGCUCUCAAUCCAUCCGCGAUGGUGUCAUCACCCCCCGAACUGAUCGAGAAGUGGAAAUCCAAGCCACUACAUGGACGCUAUAGAACGCGAAUUGAAGACCAGGCAGUAGACACCAAAGCAUCCCAAGAGUGGGUGCGUUCCAGUAAUCUGUUCGUGGAGACAGAGGGCCGCGGAAAAAGGUCGCUGCCUGAGGGUGAUCGUCAGGGCAUAUCUGGAGCCGGCGCUGGAUAUGACAGCAUGCGGGACGUCGGUGGCAGGGUGCUGAGGAGGCGGGCCCCUGUCGUCCAAGAAGCAACAGCCCCCCAACAAAGUGGUAGCCAAACAACAACUAGUGCCACCGCUGCCGAAAGUGCUGCACAGGAAUCUCAGCCAGUGCUCACUCAAGCAGGUCUCCCUAGAAGACGUAUAAAGUGGACGGUGUCCAUGAAUGAGUCAAUCAUGCGAAUCUUCUACAAAGUUACCAACCUAGGUAGAGAAACAAUCGGCUACAGACCACGACUUCAUACCGCUUUCUGUAGUGAAUAUCCGGAGAUCAAAGUAUCUGAGCAGAGAGUGGCAGACCAAUAUCGAGUGAUAAUCAAAAAUAAUCUUAUCCCACAACCAAGACUGAAUGCCAUCAAACAUGAAGUGCAGCUUGAUCUUAUGCAACAAGAAGGGAGUAAUAACGAAAUACGCGAUAAUGGUCAAUCUGAGCAAGAACAGAUAGAAAGUGAACAGCCUGGAGUUGACGACAGUAAUGGUCAAGACACAGAAAUAUUUGGUAUAUUAAUAACUGAAAUGGGUAGAGCAUAUGCCGAAUUUGAUGGAACGAACCCGCUAGAAAGACCACCAUUACCAAAGUUGAAGUCAUCUAGAAAGCUUGCUGUGGUAUUGUGUCAGUUAAAUAAACAGAUCCUGCCAGAGUAUCUAGCACACUCCAACUGUAUAGAACAACUUCACACACUGAUAUACUGUGCAGCUGUUGCAACAGUAAGAACACUUGGUGUCAAAAUGCCAACUCAAAAGAUUACUGAAAAUUCAGUAAAACCAAUAACACCAAAAUGGGAAAAACGUCUGGAAAGAAGAACGGCAGACAUUCGCAGAGAUAUCGGACGUCUUACCCAAUUCACACGAGGAAUAACAACUCCAAAAGUCCGAAAACAAGCUAUGGAAAUAAUGCAACGACUCCACCAUCAUUCUCACCAAGACGCAACUAACAUCAACGAGUGGCAAUGCCUUGAUACCUUGAAGCAAAAACUGUCCGUAUAUACUCAGCGAUUGAAAAGGUAUAAAGCGUCCAGUCACAGAAAGCACGACAAUGCGCUCUUUCAACGAUCCGAAAAGGCAUUCUACAGGAAACUGUCAUCCGAACCCCAGGAAAAGAGCAAAACGGUGCCCACAAAGGACCAAGUAGAGGAAUUUUGGGGCAAGCAGUUUGGCUCGACAGCUUAUUACAACAAGUGUGCAGGAUGGAUUACAGAUGAAGAAGCGAAGAGCCAUUAUUGCAAUCCCAUGCAACAUGCCAACGAGAUUAGCCAAGAAAACGUUGACAAGAAAGCGUCAAACUAUUGGCUUACCUCAGGCCAAAUGUUCCCUGAGACUGAGGGAUUCCUUGUAGCUAUACAGGAUCAGGUCAUCCCUACCAACAAUUACAAGAGGUGCAUACUUAAGAACUUGCAACAGUCUGAUAAAUGCAGGUACGGCUGUCAGGACUCCGAAACAAUACAGCACGUAACUGGUGGAUGCCAAGCAUUCGCUCCAACGGACUAUAAGGAGCGCCACGACAUAGCUGCCAAAAUCAUUCACCAGGAGUUGGCAUACAAAUUCAAACUGAUCGAAUGCAAGCUACAGUACUACAAAUAUACACCGCAAUGUGUCCUCGAGAACGACAAGUAUAAACUAUACUGGGAUCGCACUGUGCUUACGGACCAAUACAUAAAACAAAACAGACCUGACAUAAUCAUUGUCGACAAGGGCGCCCAGAAAGUAACUCUGAUUGAUGUGGCCAUACCUAAUAGUAACAAUUUAACAUACAAGCAUAAUGAGAAAGUUGCAAAAUACAGGGAGCUAGAAUUUCAAAUUAAACGCCAGUGGAAAAUGAAGUACGUGGAAACAAUACCAAUAAUAAUGUCAUCUACAGGGGUGAUACCAAGAAGGCUGCUAGAAAACAUCAAAGCGCUGGAACUGAGUGAAAACAUUUACAAAAUCAUACAGAAAGGAGUUUUGCUGGCAACUGCCCGCAUAGUAAGAAAAUUUAUGGGAAAUGCAAGUACCUAG